AUGAAUAGCAGUCUGCAAGUUGGCAUCGGAAUUGAUGUAGGUUCAUCAAGUGCUAGAAUAGGUGUAUAUAAUUACUACAAUGAUGCGCUGUUAGAAAUGGCGCAGGAACCAGUCCCAUACUACCAGGAUUCUUCAAAGAAGUCAUGGAAAUUCUGGCAAAAAUCAACUGAAAUAAUUAAAGCCCUUCAAAAGUGUCUUCAGAAACUGAACAUUAGAGAAUAUGAGGUAAAGUCAUGUGGUGUUUCUGCAACGUGUUCAUUAGCUAUUUUCGAAAGGGAUCGCACAAGUAACAUGCUGAUACCGUAUCCAAAUGAAGAUAAUGUCAUAUUUUGGAUGGACUCUUCUGCCGUAAACGAAUGUCAAUGGCUAAAUAUGCAAUGUCCACAACAGCUUUUGGAUUAUUUGGGAGGAAAAUUUGUACCCGAAAUGGGCGUCCCCAAAUUGAAGUACUUUUUAGAUGAAUACUCUCAUUUACGAGACAAACAUUUUCAUAUCUUUGAUCUUCAUCAAUACAUUGCUUAUGAACUGAGCCGCUUGUAUGAAUGGAACAUUGAAGGACUUUUGGGAAGAGAAAAUCUUAAUGGUAUAGGCAAUGAUGGAGAGGUAUCUGGCUGGUCAUCUUCAUUUUACAAAAACAUUAUAAAUUUACCAUCUAAUGUAAGCAUUGGAACCACUAGUCUUGUUGCCAAUAAGCACAUUUCGACAACUGUAGUUCGCAGUUGUAUUGACAGUUAUGCAAGUUGGUUCGCAGUUGCUUCUCCUCAUUUGGAAACAUCAUUGUUUAUGAUAGCCGGGACUUCUAGCUGCUACAUGUAUGGUACUACCAUCUCUGAUACUAGAAUUCCUGGAGUAUGGGGACCUUUUGAUACUAUACUUGACAACAGGGGUGAUUUUUCUGUUUAUGCUGCGGGCCAGUCGUGUACUGGUAAAUUAAUUGAACAUUUAUUUGAGAGUCAUCCAUGUGCCAGGAAAAUUCUGAAAGAUGGUGCUGAUAUCUAUCAAGUACUCGAACAAACCAUUCGUGACAUUGAGAAGAACAAUGGUCUCUCAAUUCAUAUUCUUACGAAAGAUAUGUUUUUCUACGGUGAUUACGAGGGAAAUAGGACUCCUUUUGCAGAUCCACGGAUAAAGGGUUCUUUCAUUGGCGAGUCCACCGAUACAUCAAUGUUGAAUCUUACAUAUAAAUAUAUUUGUAUCUUGGAAUUUUUAUCAUUUCAGACAAAAUUGAUAAUUGAUACAUUUCAAAAUGAAAAUUCAAAUAUACAUAUCAAAGAGUUAAGGAUAUCUGGUAGUCAAGCGAAAAAUGAAAGACUAUUAUCAUUGAUUUCCUUGGUUAACAACGGUGUAGCAAUAAUUAAACCUAAAGAGAAUGUCGAUAUGAUGGGUAUCAAAGGUGCUUACGUGCUUGCUAAGUCUGCAAAGGAAAAGAAACAACUAGCUGACGUUAUAACAGAGAGAGAUAUUAGUAAUGAUAGCGAAAAAUUCGAAUCUCUUGCUGAAUACCGACUUGGAAACGAUAGCAUAUUACUAAGAAAAUUGCUUUGCGUUAAAUAUCAUAUACACUUAGAUAUGGCUAAGCAACAGAAGCGUUAUCACAAACUCGUCGACGAAGUAUUUCAGCACCUCUAA